UGAACACCUGUACAGCCGCUCUUCUCAACCUUUUCAUGUUGUCCGAGGGAAAACGAUCUUACUUCGUGAACGUCAGUGAAUAAGCAGUGAUAUGCAACACAAUAAUUCGUCCGCUGCGAGGUUUUUAAGAGUAAGGCUGUUUAACCCUUGACCUCUACGAGCAGUUGCAGAGGAGAGAAGAGCAGCAUGAGCUGGGGCACCCUGUACACCCAGCUGGCCGGGGUCAACCGCCAGUCCACCAGCCUGGGCAAGGUGUGGCUCUCUGUCCUCUUCAUCUUCCGCGUCACCAUCCUGGCCCUGGCGGCCGAGACAGUGUGGGGGGAUGAGCAGUCCGACUUCACGUGCAACACGCUGCAGCCGGGCUGUGAGAAUGUCUGCUACGACCACUUCUUCCCCAUCUCGCACGUGCGCCUCUGGUGCUUGCAGCUGGUGUUUGCCUCCACACCACCCCUGCUGGUGGCCAUGCACGUAGCCUAUCGCAAGCGCGACGACAAGCGCAGCAUCCUGCGGCGCAACAACAAGUCAGCGGCCGCGUCCUCCGCACGGGCCAAGCAGCAGGAGGAGGAGCUGGAGAGCAUUCGGCAAAGGAGGCUGCCCAUCACAGGGACGUUGUGGUGGACCUACGCCCUCAGCCUGGUUUUCAGGCUGGUGUUCGAGGUGGCGUUUGUCUAUGCCAUGUACGCCAUCUACGGGAGCUUCUGGAUCCCUCGCAUGGUGCGCUGCGAGCAGUGGCCUUGCCCCAACGAGGUGGACUGCUUCGUAUCACGGCCCACCGAGAAGACGGUGUUCACCAUGUUCAUGGCGUCGGCGUCGGGUGCAUGCGUGGUGCUCAACGCGACCGAGCUCGCCUACCUCAUAGCCAAAGUGAUGGUGAAGUGCCCCAGGCCAGGCGCCAGGAGAGGUGCCCGCACCUCCGUUGCCGCCAACUGCUCGCCCAAAGACAAGGGCCUGGUGCAGAACAAGAAGAAAGAGUCUUUGCUGUCCUCUGUGUCCUCCAUGACAUCCAGUGUCAAGGCUGUGUGAGCACAUGUACAGAAGGUGACAUACAAGCCUCAUAUGAAUACAUAAAGCUUAAAGCUCGAUCCCACAGGAAAUGACAGAUGGGUAAUGUUUGAAAAUGAAUCUCAGUAGAUAUCAUCAGAGUGUGGCCUUGGUCAUCAGGGUAAAGCAUAGAGUAAUUGUAUAGCACGGAUUCGAUUUCCCAUUAACAUUUUGUUUGCUGAUGUCUUCUAAGAGGUGUAAAAGAAGUGUUGGGCCUCCGACAUUUUAAUGGAAUGCACUCACUGGCAUGACACUAGAUAUACUCAGAUGCCUUAUGUGGGACCACUAUGCCAUCUAGUGGUUAACAGAGAGAGUGCACGGGGGAAUGUGAAGGAAUGAUUAUUUUUUAAGUGUAUUUGUCAAUUGUUUCUAAAUAACAUAGAAUACAAUGAUAGUUUUGGUGGUUGUGAUGAUGACGAUGGUUCAGACUCCGGGCUCUGUAAAACGCCUUGAGACAAUUAUAUUAUUUUGGCGCUAUAUUAAUACAAAAAUGAUGAUGAUGAUCUAGAUGUAAAUAAUGAUGGUGAUUAUAGAUUUGGUCAUAAGAAACCUGAAUCAUUUUGAUAUGUAAAUGACAAUAAAAUGAGUCCCCCAAUACAGAGAAA